AUGGCAACGAAACGAGCAAGGGACAAUAGUGGCAAGGAAUCCGUGGGCUCCAAGAAAAAGCCCCAAAUUGGAAAGCCCGCGAACUCGACAACGAAAGCGCAGAAGACAAAGAGCAGUAACGAUGGAAAGCCAAGUAAACGUCCAAAGAAGAGUCUCAAGAUUAUGUCGAAAAACGUCAACUAUUCGUUGUGCAUUCCCGUGAGUAUCAUAGACAAUUGUAAAAAUUUGGAGCAGAUUACGCAUGUAAUUUACCAGGUUGCCAAAAGUGCCGUACUGUUCAAUGCUGGUGAAAUUGUGAUUUUAGACCUGGGUCGCGAAAAAAAACAAAAUUCCAAUCAGAGCGGGUCGUGUCACUUGUCUCCAACUCUGUUAAUAGCCUCGCUUUUGCAAUUCUUCGUCACUCCUCCGUAUUUGGUGAAAACGGUUUUCAAGAAAGAUUACCAACAGAGUUUGCAGGUUGCAUCAAAACUGCCGCGAAUUUCGGCCUUGCCAUUUAUGCGGUACGCAAAAGACGACGAAGGACGCUAUCGUGAAGGUCUAGCGGUCACAAUGGAUAAACCAGGACUUCGUAGCUCCAAGACGGGCAACAAGAAAAAGGCGUACGACCAAACCAAAUAUAUUAAUGUGGGUAAAAGCGAAAUGGUCGAGCUUCGAGGCCAGCUCGUUCCCGCCAAUGUCAGGGUUACUGUGGACAUCGCAGAACGCAAAGUGGUAUCGCCAACAGAGGCCUACGGUGAUUUCGUAGGCGCACAGGCCUCUUAUGGCUACCAUGUUCGUGUUGCUCACAAUUUUGGUGACAUUUUCACGAAAAGUGCAUUUCCAGAGGGCUACACACAGACCGUCUGGGUAAACAGUGGGGAUUACUAUUUCGAUCCCGAAACCUCCAAAAAUAUCAAGCUGGAAGCCAAAAUACCACGCAUUGGAAAAAUUCUCAAACCUUCUGCCGAAGACAUUGCCAGCGGAGAAGCUGACAAGCCGGCCAACUUGAUGGUUGUAUUUGGUAAAUGGGACCAUCUGUCUAAAAGCUUCAAGCAGUGCAGUGACAUGUUCGAUCAAUGUGAGGGUGCUCACCAAUUUUUUGAUGGCCAGUUGGAACUUCCUGGAGCGGUUCCCGAGGCCAACAUACCCAUUCACGACAGUUGUAUGAUUUCCUUGACACUUCUUUCGAAUCUGUGA